AUGGUUGUCAAGAUCCGUCUCGCCCGCUUCGGGCGUCGAAAUCAGCCCUUUUACAACAUCGUCAUUGCCCACGCACGGACGGCUCGUAACUCCCGCCCGCUCGAAGUCAUUGGUACAUACGACCCGAUCCCCAAGGCCGACCCUUACGACACUUCUGGAAAGCUUCACAAGGACAUCAAGCUCGAUAGUCAACGCGCGAGGUACUGGAUUGGUGUUGGUGCACAGCCUACGGACACAGCAUGGAGGUUACUCUCCAUGGUGGGCAUUCUGCCAAAGAAGCAGUUCGGCCCCAAGCAAGACGAGACAAAGGGUGUUUUGAACAAGAAUGAGGUCAAGAUUCGUUAA